AUGGUAUCAGAUGACCCCAUCUCAAACGAGCAUUCGAUCCUAAUGUCUUCCCCAACUCAGCCUAUCUCCAAAAUUCCCCUUGUUGUUUUUAACAUCACAGCUCAAAUAAAUGAGAAGCUCACACCUUCCUCCUUUCCCCAAUGGAGAGCUCAGUUUGAGGCUCUCCUCAUAGGCUAUGAUCUUAUGGAUUAUGUUACUGGUGCAUUCCGUUGCCCCUCCUCCGAUGGUACCCCAUCGUCUAUAGCCACGAAACACCACUGGGUUCGGCAAGAUAAAUUAAUUCUUAGUGCUAUUCUUGCCUCUACUUCCCCAACCAUUACCACUCUUAUUGCCACAGCAAAAACCUCCUACGAUGCUUGGAGAAAACUCUUCACCAUGUAUGCCAGCCUGGCCGAUGAGAUCGCACUCAUCGAUCACCCCAUCUCCAAUGAUGAUGUUACCCUCUAUGUUCUCCACGGCUUAGGGCCUGAAUUUCGUGACAUUGCUGCCCCUAUUCGGGCACGAGAAAAAUCUCUUGCCUUUGAGGAGCUUCAUGAUCUCCUCGUUGGGCACGAAAAUUACCUGCGCAGGAUGGAGACUUCAACCCAGCAGCUUGUGGCUACUGCGAAUUUCACCAGUCGCAGAUCUGGUUUUUCAGCCUCUCAGCAGCAGAAAGUUCCUUUCAAAGGAACUGGGUCUUCCUGA